AUGCCUGACCGAACAUAUCAAACACAAUCCCUUUCAUUCGAUACCAAUGAUACAAGUCCUCUUGUAAUAGCAACAACAAACACAAAUGGCCCGUGUUUACUUGAACGUCUUUUUUCAACCAAUAAUGUCUCUGCUGUUAAUUCUUCAACAAAUAUUUCAAUGUCUGCAACUAAAUCGACAAAAACAAAUUUAUCGAAUGGUGUGCUUAUGGCACGACCAUUCGACGAAUUCCCUAUAGGUAUAACAAUAAUACCGUCUGGUCCUUUAGAUGAACACAAUAUUGAUAAAACAACAAAAUCAGAUCAAAAUUAA